AUGCCCAGCUCACGUCGUAGUUAUACUGUCAUGCAGAAACUCUUGAUUCUUGAAGAAUACCAGUGUGGUGUCCAAGGAAAAGGUUUUCAUGCUGUUGGUAAACGACAUGGUAGGCUUUAUAAGUGGGCCGCGUAUCGGAACAGCAAAGACUUACGAGUGAAAGACUCGUACAUUAGACUACAAGCAGCCAACAUUUAUCGUGAACUGCACGGCAAUGAUGCAAUUGGCUUCGAAGCCUCAUCAGACUGGUUAGCGAGGUUCAAGGGGCGUCGAAACUUGGUAUCUCGUCGACAGACUACAACACGGACUCUAACGGCAGAUGCACCCGCUAUUUGCCAGCGGUUUAUCCAGCAAGCCCAGCGCCUCAUCGCGAAGCAUGGGAUCAAGACUAAGAACAUUAUUAACAUGGACCAAGUCCCCCGCUACUUCGAGACUGAACCAAAGUCAGCGAUAACUACGUGUGGAUCUCGAGCGCUUCUGUUACGAAAGGGCGGUUCCAGCUACAAACGCUUCACCGCAACCUGA